UUCCCAAAAAGAAUAAAAAAAAAAUUAUUGGCAUACCAAGAAAUAAUAAAUCUAUCAUUUUUUUCUGUUUUCUUUCUCAGUACCCGUGUUUGUUUUUUGCACCUCCCAAAGCUCUCACUCAUCUUUUCAUGAGGUACUAUUUCGGCUCCUUCCUCAAUGGCCAAAUACUAAUAUCCAUGUCACUGUAUGACACUGUGGUCUCAUUUCUUGAAGUAAGACUGGUUAAUUGGUUAUAUCCCCAUGUGGGUCUUGUAGUGUAACAGUAUUUUAGACUAUGGUUCCCACAAAGUUAAAGCCUUUCCUUGAUAGUCUAUUCUGCUCACGUACUUUCCCUCGGUCGCUUUCGAUACUGUUUUUGUGUCAAAGAUGAGGCAGGUGCCUACUUGACCAAGAUUAUAGCAAGUGAGCAUUUACAAGAGAUUCCUCAACUUGGUCGUAAUCAACAAUUCCAUUCAUGGAUCUCACAAGUCCCAACUAUUUUCAAGCUCCUCCUAUUUUUGCUUCUACUGGGGAACCAACAUUGGAGACCAACCACACAGGCCUGUAUGGGAAAAGUAAAGACAACCCAUUUGCAGACCCUUUUCAAGACCCGCUUUGUAAGCUCAAUCUUAAAGAGACAUCUGAGUUUGUCAAAUCAUUUCCAAAGGCAAAUAGUGGUAUUCAAAGGAGAGAGGGAGUGAACUCAGUGACCCAAAGGAGAGUGGAAGCUCCUUCUACACCUGGUAGGCCGCUAUUUAGCUAUAGUGUUGGUAAUCUUGCAAGAAAGAGCUUCCCUUCUAAGUGGGAAGAUGCAGAGAAGUGGCUAAUGAGCAGUUCUUGCCAUGAAUCUCCUGCUUAUGCCUUUAAGCCAUCGCCAGAGCCUUCAAAGAUUCAUAAACAAAAUGAUAACUUCAAGCAGCAAAUGGAUGUAUUUGCAGAGAAAUCAAGGGUGACAGAGGAAAAGGUCUCAAAACUCGUUUCCAGCUUUCAGGGGUCAGUGGCUUUGGACCAACACAACCCAGGAGUUGCUUUUGAUGGGGUCUCUCUUUCUCCAGAUGUGCUUCUAAAAGAUAAGUUCACUGAUGAGGUGGAAUCAGUUUUGCCAAAUUUUCGAUACUCAGAGCCAUCAAAAGAAGGAUUUCUAUUUAGAAACACGGGCAAUGAAGCAAUGAAAGAUGCUGGCACUGAAGUAAUUCACGAAGUGAAGCACAGGGAUGUUGGGACAGAAAUGACUCCUCUAGGCAGUUCCACAACUUCUAGAUGCCACACACCAUUCAAAAGUUCAUCGCCUGCUCGCCAUAACACCCCUGCCAAUAGGUCAGGACCUUUACCCUUAGGAAAUUCUAGCAGCACCACCGACGUCACCAUUGACAUUUCACAACUAGAAGCAUGCCAUUUGGCUAAGCUACAACUCGGGUCACAGUAUGAUUCAGUUGCAUCAAAUUGGAGCUCAAGGGAGGAAGAGGAAGAGGAAAUAUCAAAGAGCCUGAGACACUUUGAAACAGGCAUCACUUGCCGUAAAAGUGUUUCUGAUUCAAGAGCUGCUGCAUGGGAGGAAGAGGAAAAGACAAAAUGCUGUCUUAGGUAUCAAAGAGAGGAAGCAAAAAUUCAAGCUUGGUUGAAUCUCCAAACUGCAAAAGCAGAAGCUCAAUCAAGAAAGCUUGAGGUGAAAAUACAGAAGAUGAGAUCAAACUUGGAAGAGAAAUUGAUGAAGAGAAUGGCGAUUGUGCAUCGAAAAGCUGAAGAAUGGAGAACUGCUGCUCGCCAGCAACAUACAGAGCAGAUUGAAAGGGCAAGUCAACAAUCCAAGAAGAUGAUUAGUCGACAAAUUUCUAGCCAUACUUCUUGUGGUUGCUUCCCUUGCAACAACCAUCCUUGAUAAUCUAGAGACAAAAGACAGAUGCUUGUAUCUCCUGUUCUUUCUAAUCAAAACCAAAAAAUGCAUUCUUUUUUAAUUUUGCUA